AUGGCCAGUUCAAAAUCAGGAGUCUGUACGGAUGCCACCAUUUGGAAGCCCGAUUCAUGCCAGAACUGCCGUUGCCAUGGUGAUAUCGUUAUCUGCAAAGCAGCUGUUUGCAGAAACCCUCGGUGUGCCUUUGAGAAGGGAGAAGUGCUUCUGAUUCCUGCCAACCAAUGCUGCCCUGAGUGUGUGCCCAGGACUCCUGGAUCUUGCCAUCAUGAAGAGAAAAUCCACGAGCAUGGAACACAGUGGGCCUCGCCUCCGUGCAGCCUGUGCUCUUGCACUCAUGGUGAAGUCAGGUGCACCCCGCAGCCGUGCUCACCACUGUCAUGUGGACUCUGGGAGCUGGAAUUCAUCCCUCAUGGAAGCUGCUGCCCUGUCUGUGUGGGCCCUGGAAAACCCUGUUCCUAUGAAGGCCGUGUGUUCCAGGAUGGUGAGGACUGGCACUUAAGCCGAUGUGCCAAGUGUGUGUGUAGAAAUGGGAUUCCACAGUGCUUUGCGGCUCAGUGUCAGCCGCUGUUUUGUAACCAGGAUGAAACUGCCGUCCGAGUACCUGGAGAAUGCUGUCCACAGUGCUCAGCCCGACCCUGCCUCGUCGCCGGCCAAAUGUAUAAGCAUGGUGAGCAGUGGACUGAAAAUGCCUGUACCACAUGCAUGUGUGACCAUGGAGAGGUCAGGUGUCAUAAACAGGCCUGCCCCCCACUAAGGUGUGAAAAGGGUCAGAGAAGAGUUCAUCGCGAUGGACAAUGCUGUGAGGAGUGUGUGUCUCCUGCUGGGAGCUGCUGGUUCAAUGGGGUUGUUCGGUACCAGGAUGAAAUGUGGAAGGGCUCCGCCUGUGAGUUCUGCACGUGUGAGCGAGGCCAAGUGACCUGCCGGAAUGGAGAAUGUGCCAAGGUGGAGUGUGCCCAGGGUGAAGAAUUAAUUCAGUUAGAUGGAAAAUGCUGCCCCGAAUGCAUUUCCAGGAAUGGUUAUUGUGUCUACAAAGAAAAGGUAGAAUCUUUACCCUCCAAUAGGAGUGCGGUUAAACAUAUUCCAGAGGGAGAGACAUGGGAAGAUGGUCCCUGCAAGGUGUGUGAAUGCCGGGGGGCUCAGGUGACUUGCUAUGAGCCCUCUUGCCCACCAUGUCCAGUGGCCACCCUGGCCCUGGCAGUGAGGGGACAGUGCUGCCCAGACUGCACGGCAGUUCGCUGCCACCCAGACUGCUUGACCUGCUCUCGCUCUCCAGACCACUGUGACCUCUGCCAAGACCCCACCAAGCUGCUGCAGAAUGGACGCUGUGUGCACAGCUGUGGUCUGGGCUUCUACCAAGCCGGCAGCCUCUGUUUAGCCUGCCAACCACAGUGUUCCACAUGUACCAGCGGACUCGAAUGCUCUUCCUGCCAGCCCCCUCUGCUGAUGCGGCAUGGACAGUGUGUGGCCACCUGUGGGGAUGGCUUCUACCAAGAUCGCCACUCCUGUGCAGUCUGCCAUGAGUCCUGCGCAGGCUGCUGGGGUCCAACGGAGAAGCACUGUGUGUCCUGCAGGGAUCCCCUCCAUGUGCUGAGAGAGGGCAGCUGUGAGAGCAGCUGUGGUGACGGCUUCUACAACAGGCAGGGGACCUGUCAUGCUUGUGACCAGUCCUGUAAGAGUUGUGGCCCCAGUACUCCCAGGUGCCUUACCUGUGCUGAGAAGACCAUGUUGCAUAAUGGCAAGUGCAUUUCUGAAUGCCCCAGAGGGUACUACGCUGAUGAGUCGGGCAAGUGCAAAGUUUGUGAUAAGUCAUGUGCCAAUUGCUCCGGACCCACCGCCUCUCACUGCACAGCUUGUGUGCACCCCCAGGCUCUGCAUCAAGGCCACUGCCUACCCAGCUGUACAGAAGGCUACUACCCUGACCAUGGCAUCUGCAAAGACUGUCAUCCAUCCUGUCUGGCUUGUGUGGGUCCUGAGCCCUCUCAAUGCACCAGGUGUGCAAAGCCCGAGGAGGGACUGCAAGUCCAGCAGGUUUCUAGGGCCCAGAUCCCCUAUGGGGAAUGCCUGCCCCAGUGCAGAGCCCGGUUUUACUUGGAGAGCACUGGACUAUGUGAAGCCUGUCACCAAUCCUGUCUGAGUUGUGCAGGAAAGAGCCCACAGAACUGCACCGUCUGCAGGCCUGCCCAUGUGAUGCUGGAUGGACGGUGCCUCCUCCAGUGCCCAGAUGGCUACUUUAACCAGGAAGGUGCCUGCACAGCAUGCCAUCCAAGCUGCAGGCAGUGCCACGGGCCAUCAGAAUCUGACUGCAUCUCCUGUCACCCUCGCAUCACUCUUAGCAAUGGAAUCUGCAGGACCAGCUGCAAGAAAGAGCAGUUCCUCAACCCUGUAGGAUAUUGCACUGACUGCCACCACCUCUGCCAGCAUUGCGUGGCUGAUCUCCACAGCACCGGCAGCAUCUGUCUGGCCUGCCAGAAUGUACAACACCUGCUGCUUGGGGACCAUUGUGUUCCUCAAUGCCCUGCAGGAUACUAUGCAGAAGAAGGAGCCUGCAAACGAUGCCACUCCUCCUGCAGAACCUGCCAGGGCAGAGGACCUUUCUCCUGCACCUCAUGUGAUGACAACCUCGUUCUGUCCCACAUUGGCACCUGCAGCACAGCCUGCUUCCCUGGGCACUAUCUUGAUGACCACCGUACUUGCCAAGCAUGUGACCUACAUUGUGGGAGCUGUGAAUCACAAGCUAGCUGUACCUCCUGCCGAGACCCAAACAAGGUGCUGCUCUUUGGGGAAUGCCAGGAUGAAAGCUGUGCCCCACAGUACUAUCUUGACAUCACCACCAAGACAUGCAAAGAGUGUGAUUGGAGUUGCAGUGCAUGCACCGGGCCUCUGAGGACAGACUGCCUGCAGUGUAUGGAAGGCUACGUUCUCCAGGAUGGUGCCUGCCUGGAGCAGUGUCUGCCAUCAUUUUAUCAAGACAUGGGCUUCUGCAAGAGCUGUGACAACCACUGUGUCCAGUGCCAAGGUCCUCAGGAAUGCACCCGUUGUGAAGGGCCAUUUCUGCUUUUGGGAUCCCGUUGUGUCCAAGAGUGUGGGAAAGGGUAUUUUGCAGAUCAUGCAAAGCACCAGUGUACAGCCUGCCCUCAGGGGUGCUUGCAGUGCAGCCGUGGCGACCAGUGUCAUGUUUGUGACCAUGGGUUCUUUCUGAAGAAUGGCUUCUGUAUUUCCAGCUGUGUUCCUGGCUUCCCUCCGCAAUCAUCUAAUGACACAUGUGCUGGCAAAAUGUACACCCCUAGUCUUCAUGUGAACGGUUCCCUGAGCCUGGCCAUUGGUUCAAUGAAGGUCCUGGACUUUUCUCUCCUGAAUGUGCAGCACCAAAAGGGCAGGGUGCAGGACCUCCUCUUCCAUGUGGUGAGCACUCCCACCAAUGGGCAGCUGGUGCUCUCAAGAAAUGGCAAAGAGGCGCAGCUGGACAAGGCUGGCCAUUUUAGCUGGAAAGAUGUCAAUGAGAAGAAAGUUCGGUUUCUGCACAGCAAAGACAAACUCAGGAAAGGUUACUUUUCCCUGAAAAUUAGUGACCAGCAGUUCUUCUCUGAGCCACAGCUGAUCAACAUACAAGCGUUUUCAUCCCAGGCCCCCUAUGUGCUGAGAAAUGAGGUUCUGCACAUAGGCAGAGGACAGCAGGCGACCAUCACCACCCAGGUACUUGACAUCCGAGAUGACGACAACCCACAGGAUGUGCUUGUUGAAGUGCUGGAUCCUCCGCUUCAUGGCCAGUUGCUCCAAACGCUUCAGUCCCCUGCAACCCCCCUCUACCAGUUCCGACUGGAUGAACUCUCCCAGGGCCUUCUCCGCUAUGCCCAUGAUGGCUCAGAUAGCACAUCGGAUGCUGCAGUCUUGCAGGUCAACGAUGGAUACUCCUUCCAAAAUAUACUCUUCCAUGUGAAGACUGUGCCCAAGAAUGACAGAGGUCUCCAGCUCGUGGCCAACUCCAUGGUGUGGGUCCCAGAAGGGGGAAUGCUGCAGAUUACCAGCAAGAUUCUAAAGGCUGAAGCUGCAGGGACCAGCGCGGAGGAAAUCAUCUACAAGAUUACAGAAGAUGCCCCCCAAUUUGGCGAGGUGGUCUUACUGGUGAACAUGCCUGCGGACAGCCCUGCCAAUGCAGGGCAGCACCUGCCCGAUGGGAGGACAGCAACCCCCACCAGCACCUUCACCCAGCAGGACAUCAACGAAGGCAUCGUGUGGUACAGGCACUCAGGAGCCUCUGCGCAGAGUGACUCCUUCGGCUUCCAGGUUUCCAGUGCUGCAGAUGCACAGGCCCAUUUGGAGAGCCGCACGUUCAACAUCGCCAUCUUACCACAGACACCAGAAGUGUCUCACCUCUCUCUGGGAACGUCUCUCCAUAUGACAGCUCGGGAAGAUGGCCUGACAGUCAUUCAGCCUCAUUCCCUCCCUUUUGUUAAUUCCAACAAACCAAGUGGGAAGAUUAUAUACAACAUUACCAUGCCUCUACAGCCAAAUCAAGGAAUCAUCGAGCACAAGGACCAGCCCCAGGUUCCCAUCCGAUAUUUUAUGCAAGAAGAUAUUAACCAAGGCAAAAUCAUGUACCGUCCUCCCGCUGCAGCCCCACACCUACAGGAAAUCAUGGCCUUCUCCUUUGCUGAUCUCCCAGAGUCAGUAAAAUUUCAUUUCACAGUGUCUGAUGGGGAACACACAAGUCCAGAGACGGUCUUCACCAUUCACCUACUUCGCACCGAUUGGCGGCCACCAGUCUUCCAGGUCACAGCUCCCCUGCUUCAGGUCAGCCCAGGAGGCAGUACUUUGCUAGGGCUUCGGCUAGUCAUGGGGGCAGCUGACACGGCACCUGAAGAACUCUUCUUUGAGCUUCGGAGGCCUCCUGAGCAUGGUGUACUCCUGAAGCAUACCACCGAGUUCCAGGGGCCCCUGGCCACAGGUGACACUUUCACACAAGAGGACGUGGAGAAAAAUGCUCUGUGGUAUGUGCACGAUGGUUCCUCUGCCCAGGGAGACAGAAUGGAGAUCUCAGUCACAGAUGGCCUCACAGGCAUGGCAUUGGAAGUGAGAGUGGAGGUGUCACAACCCAAGGCCCAAGGGCCUCGGCUGGCUGCUGCUUCCUCUCUUAGCAUCACGGUUGUUAACAAAAGAACAGCUGUGAUCACCAGGGCACACCUUGCUUAUGUGGAUGAUUCUUCCCCUGAUUCAAAGAUCUGGAUUCAGUUACAUUCUCUGCCCAUGUAUGGCACACUCUUAAAAACCUCAGGCUCUGAGGUGGAAGAGCUCUCAGGGGUCUCGAACUUCACAAUGGAAGACAUCAACCACAAGAACAUCAGGUACUCUGCUGUAUUUGAGAUGAAUGAUCAUCUGGUUACUGACCGCUUCCAUUUCUCUGUGUUGGAUUCGGACCACAACCGCCUGGACAAUCAGAUGUUUACCAUCAUGAUCACUCCUGCUGAGACUCCGCCUCCAGUCAUUGCUUUUGCUGACCUGAUCACGGUUGAAGAAGGGGGGAGAGCCCCACUCUCAUUUCACCAUUUCUUUGCCACUGAUGACCACGACAACCUCCAGGAGGAUGCUGUCAUUAAACUAAGUGCCCUGCCCAAAUAUGGCUGCAUUGAGAACACAGGAACAGGUGAUCGUUUUGGCCCAGAAACUACCAGCAACCUGGAGGCAUCAUUCCCUAUCCAAGAUGUCUUAGAGAACUCCAUUUACUAUUUCCAGAGUGUGCAUGAAAGCAUUGAGCCAACCCAUGACAUUUUCAGUUUUUAUGUGAGUGAUGGAACAAGUCGCUCAGAAAUUCACAGCAUCAACAUCACCAUUGAGAGGAGGAACGAUGAGCCACCAAGGAUGAUGUUGCAGCCGCUCAGUGUGCGCCUGAGCUCAGGAGUGGUGAUAAGCAAUUCUUCAUUGAGUCUGCAAGACCUAGACACCCCAGAUAAUGAGCUGAUCUUUGUAUUGACAAGACUGCCUGCUCACGGUCACCUUUUGCGGAGACUUACUGCUUCUGAGCCCCUGGAGAAUGGGACAGCUUUGGUCCAGGGCUCUGCCUUUACCUACCAGGAUGUGCUAGCUGGGCUGAUUGGGUACCUGCCUGGCAACCAUGAAGUAGCAGUGGAUGAGUUCCAGUUCUCCCUCACUGAUGGCUACCACGUGGACACAGGGAGGAUGGAGAUCCACAUAGAACUGCCUACCAGUGAUUCCUCUCUCUUGGUUAUCAACCGAGGCCUACAGCUCUCAGCAGGAUCUGUAGCACGCAUCACGGAGGAGCACCUGAAAGUAACAGAUCCCAACUCGGAUGACCUUCAGGUGGUGUACAUCAUGAAAGAAGAUCCUGGCACAGGGCACCUGCAGAUGGUUACACAGGACAACCUGCAGAAAAUUUCUGUGAAAGGUCCCCUCCGAAGUUUCACACAGGCAGACGUGAGCCAAGGGCAAGUAGAAUACAAUCAUGGAGCAGGAAAUCCGAGUGGGAACUUUCCUUUUAAAUUUGAUGUGGUUGAUGGAAAAGGCAACCAAUUGAUGGGCCAGUCAUUUUCCAUCAAAGUUUCAGAAGGCAAAUCCCCACCCAUCAUCAUCACCAACAAAGGGCUAAGCUUGGAUGAGAACUCAGUGAAGAAAAUCACCACUUUGCAGCUAUCUGCCACUGAUGUGGACAGUGAUCCCGCAGACCUGGUUUACAGAAUCACCAGGCAACCCCAGCUGGGCCACCUGGAACAUGCCACAUCACCCGGUAUCCAGAUUAGUUCCUUCACUCAGGCUGAUCUGACUUCAAGAAAUGUUCAGUAUAUCCACUCCAGUGAGACAGAGAAUCAUUCAGACACCUUCACCUUUACGCUGAGUGAUGGCAUCAGUGAGGUGACGCAGACAUUCCACAUCACACUGAACCCUGUGGAUGACUCACUGCCAGUCGUGCAGAAUGUGGGGAUGCGGGUGCAGGAGGGCAUGAGGAAGAUGAUCACAGAGUUUGAGCUCCAGGCUGUGGAUGCAGACACCGAGGCAGUAGCCGUGACAUUCACCAUUGUGCAGCCCCCACGCCACGGCACCCUGGAGCGAAUAUUGAGCGGACAGCAUCCCCACCUCGCCUCCACCUUCACCAUGGAAGACAUCUACCAGAAGCGGGUUAGCUACAGCCAUGACGGCAGCAACUCCAUCCAGGACCGCUUCUCCUUCACUGUCUCUGACGGCACCAACCCCUUCUUCAUCAUUAAGGAAGGAGGAAGGGAGGUCAGGACAGCAGCACCUCAGCAGUUCCGGAUCGACAUCAACCCAGUGGAUGAUGGCACCCCCAGAAUCGUCACCAACUUGGGACUCCAGUGGCUGGAGUACAUGGAUGGCAAGGCAACCAACUUGAUCACCAAGAAAGAACUGCUGACCAUGGAUCCAGAUACAGAGGAUUCUCAGCUUGUGUAUGAGCUCACAACGGGCCCCAUGCAUGGCUACCUGGAGAACAAGCUACAACCUGGCAGAGCUGCAGUAACUUUCACCCAGGAGGAUGUAAACCUGGGGCUGAUUCGGUACAUGUUGCACCAAGAGAAGAUCUAUGAGAUGAUGGACAGUUUCCAGUUUCUAGUGAAAGACAGUAAACCCAAUGUGGUCAGUGAUGUCUUCCAUAUCCAGUGGUCUCUCAUCAGCUUUCAACACACCAGCUACAAUGUCAGUGAGAAGGUGGGCUCCGUGAGUGUCACUGUGCAGAGGACUGGGAACUUGAACCAGUAUGCCAUCGUCCUGUGUCGUACUGAGCAAGGCACUGCAAGAUCCAGCUCCAGGCUUGGCUCCCAGCCUGGACAGCAGGAUUAUGUGGAGUAUGCUGGCCAGGUGCAGUUUGACGAGCGAGAGGAUACCAAGUCCUGCACCAUCGUCAUCAAUGAUGAUGACGUGUUUGAGAAUGUUGAAAGUUUCUUUGUGGAGCUCAGCAUGCCAGCAUAUGCCCUCUUAGGGAAGUUCACUCAGGCAAAGGUCAUUAUCAAUGACACCGAAGAUGAACCCACCUUAGAGUUUGACAAGAAGACCUACCGAGUCAACGAGAGUGCUGGUUUUCUGUUUGCACCUAUUGAGAGAAAAGGAGACUCGAGCAGCAUCGUAUCUGCAGUUUGCUACACGAUACCCAAAUCAGCUCUGGGAAGCAGUCUCUAUGCUUUAGAAUCAGGCUCUGAUUUUAAGUCUAGAGGGAGGUCUGCUGAAAGUCGUGUGAUCUUUGGUCCCGGUGUCACCAUGUCCACCUGUGACGUCAUGCUCAUUGAUGACAGCGAGUAUGAAGAGGAAGAAGAAUUUGAGAUUGCCCUGGCUGAUGCAUCCGACAACGCCCGCAUUGGAAGGGUGGCAACUGCCAAGGUGGUCAUCAGUGGCCCUAAUGAUGCCUCCACCGUCUCCCUGGGCAACACAGCUUUCACUGUCAGCGAGGAUGCAGGCACAGUGAAGAUUCCAGUUAUCCGGCAUGGAACUGACCUUUCCACUUUGACGUCUGUCUGGUGUGCCACUCGGCCCUCGGACCCAGCUUCUGCCACUCCAGGUGUUGACUAUGUUCCCAGCUCCAGGAAGGUGGAGUUUGGGCCUGGUGCCACUGAGCAGUAUUGCACCUUGACUAUCUUAGAUGACACUCAGUAUCCUGUCAUCGAGGGACUGGAGACAUUUGUGGUUUUCCUCAGCUCAGCACAAGGCGCCGAACUGACCAAACCCUUCCAGGCUGUUAUUGCGAUAAAUGACACAUUCCAAGAUGUGCCCAGCAUGCAGUUUGCCAAGGACCUGCUCCUGGUGAAGGAGAAGGAGGGCGUUUUGCACAUCCCUGUCAUCCGAAAUGGAGACCUGAGCUAUGAGUCAUCAGUGAGGUGCUAUACUCAGAGCCACUCGGCUCGGGUCAUGGAAGAUUUUGAGGAAAGAAGAAAUGCGGACUCCUCACGCAUCACAUUCCUGAAAGGGGACAAAAUGAAGAACUGCACUGUCUAUAUCCAUGACGACUCCAUAUUUGAGCCAGAGGAACAAUUCAAGGUCUACCUGGGUCACCCCCUUGGAAACCACUGGAGUGGAGCUAGAAUUGGGAAGAAUAACAUGGCCACCAUAACCAUAUCCAAUGAUGAAGAUGCCCCCACCAUUGAGUUUGAAGAAGCUGCAUAUCAAGUCCGGGAACCUGCAGGGCCAGAUGCCAUUGCCAUUCUCAACAUCAAGGUGAUCCGCAGAGGGGAUCAGAACAGGACCUCCAAGAUCCGCUGCAGCACGCGGGAUGGGUCUGCCCAGUCUGGUGUGGAUUAUUAUCCGAAGAGCAGAGUCUUGAAGUUUAGUCCUGGUGUGGAUCAUAUCUUUUUUAAAGUCGAGAUCCUGUCCAAUGAAGAUCGGGAAUGGCACGAGUCCUUCUCUCUAGUCCUUGGCCCAGAUGACCCAGUGGAAGCUGUGCUUGGGGAAGUGACCACGGCCACAGUGACAAUUCUGGACCAGGAGGCAGCAGGAAGUCUCAUCUUGCCAGCUCCACCCAUUGUGGUCACCCUUGCUGACUAUGAUCAUGUGGAAGAAGUCUCCAAGGAAGGAGUCAAGAAAUCCCCCUCCCCAGGCUAUCCCCUGGUCUGUGUCACACCCUGCGAUCCUCACUUCCCUAGAUAUGCUGUCAUGAAGGAGCGCUGCAGCGAGGCAGGCAUCAACCAGACAUUCGUGCAGUUCAGCUGGGAAGUGGCUGCCCCCACUGAUGGCAAUGGGGCCCGCUCUCCCUUUGAAACCGUCACUGACAACACACCAUUCACCAGUGUCAACCACAUGGUCCUGGACAGCAUUUACUUCAGCCGGAGGUUCCACGUGCGCUGUGUAGCAAAAGCCGUGGACAAGGUGGGCCACGUGGGGACCCCCUUAAGGAGUAACAUUGUGACCAUCGGAACCGACAGUGCCAUCUGCCACACUCCAGUGGUGGCUGGGACUGCCAGAGGCUUCCAGGCUCAGUCCUUCAUCGCAACUUUGAAAUACUUGGAUGUCAAACACAAGGAGCACCCAAACAGAAUCCACAUCUCGGUGCAGAUCCCUCACCAGGAUGGAAUGCUGCCCCUCGUGUCCACUAUGCCACUGCACAACUUGCACUUUCUGCUAUCCGAGUCCAUCUACAGACACCAGCAUGUCUGCUCCAACUUAGUCUCUGCCCAUGACCUCAGAGGUAUCUCAGACGCAGGGUUCCUGGAUGACGAGGUCUAUGACAGCGCUGCCCUGGGUCCUGGCUAUGACCGCCCCUUCCAAUUUGACCCCAGCGUGCGCGAGCCAAAGACCAUCCAGCUCUACAAGCACCUCAACCUGAAAAGCUGUGUGUGGACCUUCGACGCCUAUUAUGACAUGACCGAGUUAAUUGACGUCUGUGGGGGCUCCGUCACUGCAGACUUCCAGGUGAGAGACUCGGCUCAGUCCUUCCUGACCGUGCACGUGCCUCUCUACGUGUCCUACAUCUAUGUGACCGCCCCCCGGGGCUGGGCCUCCUUGGAGCACCACACCGAGAUGGAGUUUUCAUUCUUCUAUGACACUGUUCUCUGGAGGACAGGAAUACAGACAGACAGUGUGCUGUCGGCAAGGCUUCAGAUAAUAAGAAUCUACAUUCGAGAAGACGGUCGUCUCGUCAUUGAAUUCAAGACCCAUGCCAAGUUCAGAGGACAGUUUGUGAUGGAACACCAUACACUCCCAGAUGUGAAAUCUAUCAUCUCGACACCAGACCACCUUGGGGGAAUUGAAUUUGACCUGCAGCUGUUGUGGAGUGCUCAGACUUUUGAUUCUCCCUAUCAACUCUGGAGAGCCACAAGCUCCUACAACAGGAAGGACUACUCAGGGGAGUACACCAUCUACCUGAUCCCGUGUACGGUACAGCCGACACAGCCAUGGAUUGACCCAGGAGAAAAGCCCUUGGCCUGCACUGCACAUGCCCCAGAAAGAUUCCUGAUACCCAUCGCAUUCCAGCAGACCAACCGCCCUGUGCCUGUGGUGUAUUCGCUCAACACUGAAUUUCAGCUGUGCAAUAAUGAGAAGGUGUUCCUGAUGGAUCCCAACACAUCAGACAUGUCCCUGGCCGAGAUGGACUACAAAGGAGCCUUCUCAAAGGGUCAAAUCCUCUAUGGCCGAGUCCUCUGGAAUCCGGAACAAAACCUUAAUUCUGCUUACAAGCUCCAGCUGGAGAAAGUUUAUCUGUGCACUGGCAAAGAUGGCUAUGUGCCUUUCUUUGAUCCCACGGGGACUGUCUACAAUGAAGGGCCCCAAUAUGGAUGCAUUCAACCCAACAAACACUUGAAACACAGAUUCCUGCUGUUGGACCGCAGUCAGCCAGAGGUAACCGAUAAGUACUUCCAUGAUGUGCCUUUUGAGGCCCACUUUGCUUCCGAGCUGCCCGAUUUCCACAUGGUCAGCAGCAUGCCAGGUGUGGACGGCUUCACUCUCAAAGUUGACGCUCUCUAUAAGGUGGAGGCGGGACACCAGUGGUACCUCCAGGUGAUCUACAUCAUUGGUCCAGACACUAUCACAGGGCCCCGGGUCCAGCGCUCUCUCACAGCCACCGUGAGGCGCCACCAAAGGGAUCUGGUGGACCCCAGUGGCCGACUGACCCUUGAUGAUUCUCUCAUCUAUGACAAUGAGGGGGACCAAGUCAAGAAUGGCACCAACAUGAAAUCCCUGAACCUGGAGAGACAGGAGCCCAUUGUGGCUGCUUCCCUCUCCCAAACUGGGGCGUCCAUUGGCAGCGCCCUGGCUGCUCUCAUGCUCCUCCUCCUGGUGCUUUUGGUGGCUUGUUUUAUCACCAGGAAAUGCCAGAAAGAGAGGAAGCAACAACCCCCAGAGGACAUUUUGGAGGAGUACCCCUUGAAUACCAAGGUGGAGGUGCCCAAGAGGAACCUGGACAGGGUGGAGAAGAACGUCAACAAACAGUAUUGCACCGUGCGGAAUGUCAACCUGCUCAGUGACACGCAGGGUGCAUACACGUUCAAAGGGGCGAAAGUGAAGAAACUGAAUCUGGAAGUCCGAGUCCACAACAAUCUACAAGAUGGAACGGAAGUUUAA